CUCACCUCUGCAACGUUUGGACAUUUUGCUUCUUGUUCGCUGGGAAAAUGUUGCACAAGAUUUCCGUCCUGCUGUGUUUGUCGUCCGCUCUGGCUCAGCCGCUCUGUACACCAGAGGCUUCAAAUGGAUACAAAGUCCGAAUCAGCAUCAAAACCGCUCUGGGAGAUGAAGCUUACGUUUGGAAUGAAAAUGAAUUGUUUCUUUUCCGAGCGACUCUGGCCUUCGCCAUGAGAACUCAAACCAACGGGCAACAAUACAAUGUGUCGAACAUCAUCGUGUGUGACGAGACGCCCAGAGUGUCCUUCUGGUUCGUGGUGACGUCCCCGCUCAACCCCUCACUGCUGGUCAACAAGGAAUACGUGGAGGAGGCUGUGAGAAAGUCCAGGAACCGCAUCAACAGCGCCUUCCUGCUCACUGAUAAAACUCUGGAGUUCAUCGGCAUCGCCCCCACCCUGGGCCCCGUCAACCCCGACACCCCCCCCUGGCUCAUCGUGUUCGGGGUGGUCAUGGGAGCUGUGGCUGCGGGCAUCAUCGUCAUGCUCGGGUCCUCUCUGCUCCAAAGAAACGGUGAGGAGAAGAAGGGUGCUGUUGAGGACGUUGAGGAGGAGACUCGGGUGAAGCCGGUGGAGAAUGGCGCUGCCAGUGACGGUGUUUACAACAUGUCCUUCUCAGAUGAUGAAAGAUUGACUCAGAUGUAAAGAUAUGUAUAAAACAGAAAGAGAAGUUUGAACUUUAGCUUCACUGAGAUUCAAUCUGCAAAAUCAUUUAAAGUUCUAACUUAUGAUAAAUUAUUGUUCCUGAUUUUAUUUCUGUAGCUUAUUUGUCAUUUCUUUACCUGCUGCCUCAAACAAGCACCUGCAUUUAAAAUCUAUUGUAUGCCUUCCAUGUUCUUAA